UCUCAAUUGAAGGUCAAUUGCCCUUUUUUUUCUUUUUCUUUUUUAAACAAACAUGGUCAACGGCACGGCAGCUGUGUUGGAACCCACAUUUACGGGAUAUGUCGCAACCACCCAUGAUGCGCUGAUCCUUUUCGAAGCCUGUCUCACUGGUGUGCUGCAUCAUGUCCCUCGGCGUCCACAUGACCGGGAGCGCAGCCAUCUCGUCCGCAGCGGCAGCGUGUUUAUCUAUGAGGAGGACUCAUCGGGCAUCAAGCGAUGGACCGACGGUGUCACUUGGAGUCCCAGCCGGAUCCUCGGGAAUUUUCUAGUCUAUCGUGAGCUGGAGAAACCCUUCCCCCCGGGUGAGAAGAAACGUGCCAUGAAGAAGGCCAACCGUCGUCCUUUACCCCCCUCACGACCCGGCGAGCCCUAUCCGCGACAGGACCCUUACUCGCCCACCGCCGCAACCACCCCGGGGGGCAGCAGCACCGGUGUGGGGAUGAGCGCUGCCGCCGCCGCCGGCGCUGGUGCUGGUCCUGGUGCUGAUCGACCUCCUCCGUCCGAAGUGGAGCGCGCCUUGGUGGGUUCGCUCGUCGACUCGUACGGCUUCAAGGAUUCCGGUCUGGUCAAGAAGACCAUGAGCGUGACCGUCUCCGGCGUCACCCACCAUCUCGUCUCCUACUACAGUGUCGAGGACGUCAUCCGCGGCGCCCUCAGCCCCCCUUCUCUGAACGACUCCCUUCGUUACAUCCGCCCUCGUCCCGAGCUCACGCAGAAGCAGAGCUUCCGCGCUCCGAUUGACGAUCUUGAGACCACCACCCUCGACGGGACCACCGCCGCCGCCCUCACUGGAGUCACCCACGGUGGCCCGGACGCUGCCUCCGCCCACACCCUCUACAGCAGCUACCGGCAGCCCAUGAUGGGCGGCGCUAGCGCCGCCGCCGCCGCCGCCGCCGCCAUGGGAUACCCCGUGCCCACCGCGUCGCCGGAUUUCUACCUGUCCGCCGCGGGAGCCUACGCCUCCCAUCCACUCGCCGUCGGGCCCAACCCAUACCUCUCGGCCGGAGCCACCCCGAAAGCGGACGAGUACGGCGGCUACCGGCCGAGCGCGUACGGCAGCAGCUUCGACUCGCUGCCCACCACCGCGCUCUCCGCCUCGAUGACCAGCGGCAGCAUGGCCGGCUCCUUCUCGGAGCGUCAUCGCUCCCACUCGGACCACAGCCAGUCCGCCUACCGCAACUCGUCCAUCUCCUCGCGCAGCGUCGCCACGGACGUCACCUCGCCGAUAGAUCCUUCGCCGCCGGCCCACUACUCGCGCGGCAGCUUCAGUAUGCCCGGUCCGCUGGACACCACGACGCCGGUGACCGCGACGGCCCCCUCAGCGUCUUCUUCUGGCCUCGAUUCCCGCCGCGAUUCGCACCCCAUCCCCGCCGCCUACUACACAGGACCGGAGCGGUCAGCAUACUACGUCGGCCCUGCAGGGGCGUCCAACUAUCCCGGUGCGCAGCCGUUGACGACGUGGACCACGACGGCGGCGCAGCCUCAAAUUUGAGUCUUUGCUCUUUUUUUUUUUUUUUUU